CGGCGGGGACCCCUGGCCCCAUGGGGCACCUCUGGGGGGCGCCUCUCCCGGCCGGGGCAGCUGCAAACGCCGGAGACCCUGGCUGCCUUUCCUGCGUUUCUCCCUCCGGGACUACGGUUUCUGCAUGGCCACCCUGCUGAUCUUCUGCCUGGGUUCCCUCUUCUACCAGCUCGGCGGGGGACCCCCUCGCUUCCUGCUCGAUCUGCGGCAGUACUUGGGAAAUUCCACCUACUUGGAUGACCAUGGGCCGCCUCCUAGUAAGGUGCUGCCUUUCCCAAGCCAGGUGGUGUACAACCGAGUGGGCAAGUGUGGAAGCCGGACAGUGGUGUUGCUUCUGAGAAUCUUAUCAGAGAGGCACGGAUUCAAUUUGGUCACAUCAGACAUUCACAAUAAAACCAGGCUCACCAAAAGCGAACAGAUGGAACUGAUUAAAAAUAUAAGUACUGCCGAACAGCCCUAUUUAUUCACGCGACACGUUCACUUCCUCAACUUCUCAAGGUUUGGAGGCGACCAGCCCGUCUACAUCAACAUCAUCAGAGAUCCCGUCAACCGGUUCUUGUCCAACUAUUUUUUCCGUCGCUUUGGAGACUGGCGAGGGGAACAGAAUCACAUGAUCCGCACGCCCAGCAUGAGGCAGGAGGAACGCUACCUGGACAUCAACGAGUGCAUUCUCGAGAACUAUCCCGAGUGCUCCAACCCCAGGUUAUUUUACAUCAUCCCAUACUUCUGUGGACAACAUCCCAGAUGCAGGGAGCCUGGCGAGUGGGCGCUCGAAAGAGCCAAGCUGAACGUCAACGAAAACUUCCUGCUUGUGGGCAUUCUGGAGGAGCUGGAAGAUGUGCUGCUUUUACUGGAAAGAUUUUUACCUCAUUACUUCAAGGGUGUGCUCGGGAUUUACAAAGACCCAGAGCACAGGAAGCUGGGGAACAUGACUGUGACCGUGAAGAAGACCGUGCCCUCUCCCGAGGCCGUGCAGAUUCUCUACCAGCGGAUGCGGUACGAGUACGAGUUCUACCACUACGUCAAAGAGCAGUUCCACCUGCUCAAGCGCAAGUUCGGACUGAAGUCGCGCGUCAGCAAGCCCCCUCUGCGGCCCCAGUUCUUUAUUCCAGCCCCUCUGGAAACCGAGGAGCCAAUAGACGAAGAGGAACAAGACGACGAGAAGUGGCUGGAAGAUAUUUAUAAGAGGUGAUGCCGGCACCAAACUGCCUCCGAUGGCUUUCUCUCCCUUUUCCAGAAAGGUUUUUGUUUGGGGAAGACAACACCUUAAGGACUGAAUUAAUGCUCCACCGCAUUAAAAAGAACCAAACAUUCCCACAUGUUGGGGUCAUUGGGAGAUGCCCGGUUUUGCGGGUCCUAUUUGUUUAAUUUUAUUCUGUGUUCGUAUGCACGCGCUGUGUGUGUGUGUGUGUGUGUGUGUGUGUGUGUGUGUUUCUGUUUCCCUGGCUCCUUGGGUUUUCCCCAUGUACCCUAGAUGGUUCUCUCACAUGGCCUCUCAUCAUCAAAAAGCUUUUUUUUAAAAAAAAAAAAAUAGUUACAAGUGGCAAUCCAGCCAGUAGCCCAGUAACUUAUCUUUUGUUAAAUGGCUUCUGAAAUGAUUUCUUCAGUGGUAGGAAACAGCCAGGCUUGCCUGUUUCAGCAGAAACGCAGAAGCCCUGCAGAAAAAUCUCCUCUAUAGGGGUCUAAGAGAGGAAGGAAGAUCAGCUUAGAACAUCACCAGGGAAAAUCCUCAUUCCCAGAGAAGUCAUCUGUGCCUCUGGGCUACCUCAGGGGACAGUGUACUACAGCGGGUACUGACGGUCUCAGAGCCUAGGUGAGCUGGUGCCAAACCUCCCAGAAACCCAGAGCUUUGAGCACCUUUCCAGGUCAGAAUGCAAGUCAGGCUCCUUUGAGGCAUUCUGGGUUCAAGCACCGUUGAGAUAAAACGUUGCACAUAUGGGGAAAGCAUUUCUUUGCUUUCUAGGGAAAGGCUGGAGGCUAAACAAACGCUGGAGGUCAUG